AUGGGGUGGCAAUGCCCGGUCUUGGUUAAGAAACACAAUGGCAAAUGGAGAGUAUGCAUCAACUUUACCAACCUUAAUAGAGCUUGCCCGAAAGACAGCUUUCCGCUUCCAAGGAUUGACCAAUUGGCGGACUCCACGGCUGGGCACGAGUUGUUGAGCUUCAUGGAUGCAUACUCCGGCUACAACCAGAUCCCCAUGCACCCGACCGAUGAAGAGCAUACCUCUUUUAUCACGGACCAAGGUCUCUAUUGCUAUAGAAUGAUGCAUUUCGGGUUGAAAAACGCCGGAGCAACCUACCAAAGACUCGUGAACAAAAUGUUUACCGACCUCAUUGGCAAGACAAUGGAGGUCUACGUGGAUAACAUGCUGGUGAAGAGCUUAGAGGCAGAAAACCACGUAGCGCACCUCAACAACACCUUCCAAAUCCUGAGAAGGUACAGGAUGAGGCUCAACCCCUUGAAAUGUGCCUUUGGGGCAGCCAUCAAAGGGCAAGCUUUAGCUGACUUUGUUGCUGAAUUCGCCAACCUACCCGAGGUGGAUGAAAUCAUGGAAUCCGUCGAACCCCCCACGUGGAGCCUCUUGGUCGAUGGCUCAGCUGGGGAGGUCGGCUCAGGUACCGGGGUUGUCCUCAUCAGCCCCGAGGGUCACAAAUUCACCUCGGCCGUGAGUAGCAAAGACUCAGAGCUACUCACUGUAGUGCCUAUCGAGCACAUCCUCCUGCCUUCUACCGAGGCCCCUAAUGUCAUGUGGGUCGGUGGAACUCCCACCUGGAUGCAACCAAUCAUAGCAUAUCUGAAAGACCAGGCGCUGCCCACGAAGUCCACGAGGGAGAAGCUUGAUGUAUCCAAGAGAGGUUGGGUUGAUGAGCUACCCCAAGUACUUUGGGCAAUCCGAACCACCACCAGGACCCUAACUGGGGAGAUACCUUUUCUCAUGGCUUUUGGGACUGAGGCAAUGAGCCCCGUGGAGGUCAGACUCCCAUCUCCACGUCGUCUGUAA